CUUGUUUCCUUGUUUGUCAUUGUCAGACAAACAAGCGGGCAAAAACGAACAUGCUGAGAAUAUUGAUGUUUUCAAUUGUUUAGAACUGACUAUAUUUUGCUGUUUAAUAAAAGAAACAUGAGAUUGUUUUUAUUCAAUGACUUGAUCGUAUUCUAAAAAAAUAAAAUAUUGAAAGGAUGACCUUCCAGGAUACUACUUAUAACGAGCACCCCGCCCAUAAAGUAAUCAUAAUACAUCCUGGAUCAUUGUACGUUCAGAUCGGCAGAGCAUCAGACGUGAAUCCACACACAGAACUGCAUGCCAUUGCCAGAAAACGCCUGAUAGGUGGACAAUCACAUCAUGACCUCCUUCUGCCACCAACAGUCAAGAGGAGUACAGAAGUGGCGCAAGAGAUGGAUGAGGUUCGACUGCAGAUCUCGCACACUCUGCAGUCAUGUCUGCAGUCGGACGGCCGCCGACGCUAUGCGACGCCACCCCAGCAGAUUGCCGCCUUCAACCGACAAGCCAAACCCGCACCUGUCACCACCCCCUGCUCCACCUCCGACCAGUUCAUCAAACCCGAGAAGAACAUUGUCGUCGGCAAUGAGGUUCUCUACCUUGAUCCGGCGUUAGACUUUAAUGUACAUUUUCCGAUAAAACGUGGCGAUUUGAAUGUACAUAACGGAGUGGGAGGAUCUUUGACUGCAGUCCUGGCUGAUCUACAAGCAAUUUGGAGCUUCAUUCUCGAGUACAAAUUCGGCAUAUCGCAUAAAGAUUUCAAAAGUUACCGAGCUAUUCUAAUUAUACCUGAUAUAUACAACCGCCUCUAUCUGAGAGAAUUGAUGACUCUAUUGUUGAAUAAUAUGGGAUUUGGAGCUUGUUUCCUCAUACAGGACCAUGUGGCGGCUACAUUUGGCGCAGGUCUCGGGUGUGCGUGUGUGGUUGACGUCGGCCACCAGAAAACGUCAGUGUCGUGUGUAGAAGACGGCAUUUCUCAUCCAGCCACUCGAGUCAGGCUAGGCUAUGGCGGAGGUGACAUAACACAUGCUUUCCAUUGGCUAUUGCAAAAGUGUGCGUUUCCGUAUAAAGCGUGUGAUCCGAACCAGAGCCCAAGGGAUGCCCUGUUGCUGCAGCAGCUAAAGCAUGACUGCUGUCACAUCAACCUCGAUGUUUGUGGCUCAUCGGAAAAGUCCUUUGUUGUACAGCAUCCGAAUUCUACCAGUGUUCAAUACACUAUUCAGAUGGCGGAUGAAUGUCUGAUUGCACCGCUCAGCUUGUUUCAACCGGAGCUGCUGGGAGUGACCGGCCCCAAGACACUCACCACCCAGAAACGCUCCACUGGUGACCCUCAAGACCCUCACGACGCUGAUUAUCUUAGAGAAACAAGCAGACGUGGCCUGAAAGAAGCGAUGGAAGCAAACUCGGAGGGCGGACUGGGAGUGGAUGGUGGGGCGGGGGCGGUGGCGGGGGAGGAGGACAUAGUGGUGGACAACAUUCUGGAGGGGGUGCAGGGAGGGGGUGGCAGCGCACCUCUCGACAGCGAGUUCACCGUCAACUCCAAUCAGCUGCUCGGGCUCGAUCAAGCUAUUCUCCAGUCCAUUGACAGAUGUGUUACAGAUGAUCUGAAGCGGAAGAUGUACGCUUCUAUAUUGGUGGUCGGCGGUGGUUUGAAAUUUCAUGGAAUCAAUACGUGGCUGCAUAACAAACUAUCUCUUCAAGUUCCUUACAUGUUGAGAUCAGAACAAAUGGAUAUAGUGACGAAUGCGAAAGACAUGGAUCCACAGAUCACAGCAUGGAAGGGAGCGUCAGUCCUCUGCUGUCUGGAAUCCGUGCACGAGCUGUGGAUCAAACCAAGUGAAUGGGACAAAUAUAGUGUUAAGCUAUUAAGAGAAAAAGCUUGUUUCAUGUGGUAAAAAACGUCAUUUAUUCAUUAAAACAUGCAAUUUUGUACAAAAUAGAAGUACUUUUAAUAGUACUUUAAUUUAUCGAGAUCUUAGACAAUAUAAGAUAGGCACAUACGUUAUGAGUGAUCAGGACUGGAGUAAGCGGAUUUCCGACUUAUUUUCUUUAUUGAUCUCGAUUAUGUUGGCUCUCAACAAGCCUUGAACGAGAGCAUGAUCCUCAUCGCCAAUUUCUAUCCACUUCUCAUUGUUAGUUUCCUCCUCAUCUUCGGCAUGGAAUAAUUUCUGAAAAAUUUAACGAUUUCUUACUCAUUCUUGGAGUAGAUUUUCACACUACAGUAACUAAUCAAUUAUAAAUUGGUAAAUUAUAUAAUGUAAAUUUCUUAUUCACACUUCAUACAUCAACCAAUUUUUUGUUGGUCGCAGAAGAUAACACUAAUAGUUUAUGACAGUCAAUGAUAACACUGACUUAACCUAUGAUAAUAGUAACAAUGAUAACUAUUUCAAUUUCAGUAAUCUGAUCAUACUAUAAUAACGAUAACUGACUGAAGCCGAAAAAGCAUGGCUUCAGUUUAGUCUUACUCUUGUUCGAGUAAGAGAUCUACAUAAAAAAUAUUUGUGUUUAGAAAAAUAAGACUCCAGUUCUUACUAGUGGGAUGCCACUUACUACAGCGUCUUGAUGAACAGAGUGGAACGUUGGUGGCGAAGAAGUCGAUUGUCAGUUGUGGUAUCCCAGUGCCAUACUCAUGAGAAAAGCUUUUACUAUACAGGAUUUGCUUUUUGAUCUCAUAAAGUGUAUGGUGUCGCAGUGGUUUAGAUGUCAAUAAUUAAAUAGUGUCAAUAAUUGCAUGUCGUGUGCACACAAAUAUGCAGCAUCCUAGAGUAUUUGUCAGAAUAAGAAUAAAAGAAACAUAAAACUAACACAAGGCAGAAAGUUCGAAUACACUUAGACCCCUGGCUCAGCAUUAAUGUUAUCCUGGCUUAGGGGUUGGCGAUCCUACCACCCAGUUGCUGAUGCAACUGCUAUAAGCCUCUCCGAAGCCCUUCUUCCCAGUCCCCUUAUUCUAAUUUUUUCUCAUAAUUAUGAUGAAAUAAUACGAUGAAAACUUAGAGAGCCUGUCCCGGACAAUGGUGUUUAUAUACAGAGGCGUUGAGCCGAGUCUGAUUAUCUGCUGUAGAUAGUUCCAAGUCCCGUCCUCGUCACAAUGCCAACGGUACGGUUGGGUAAACUACAAGAAUGCUCUUCAACAUUUCAAAAAGACACAUCCCUUCUCAAACGUCAGCAUUUCUGAGGCGAAAAUGCCAACGGUUACGGUUGGGUAAACUACAAGAAUGCUCUUCAACAUUUCAAAAAGACACAUCCCUUCUCAAACGUCAGCAUUUCUGAGGCGAAAAUGCCAACGGUUACGGUUGGGUAAACUACAAGAAUGCUCUUCAACAUUUCAAAAAGACACAUCCCUUCUCAAACGUCAGCAUUUGUGAGGCGAAAAUUUCAAAUGUAACAUUUUUAAUAUCAUCAAUCGUUCCUAUGAGCGUUUGAUGUCGCAUUCGAAUACCGUUCAUCCUGACUGUCCUAUCAACAUUUUCGUGGUAGAGACAGUUCAAAAUACCCAGUUGCUCAAAUCUCCGGACAUGUCCAAUGACAGAAUCAGCAUACGUUCUAAUGUGAGGCUAUGUUUAGUGCACUAAUGCCAUGUCGGAUCCACAUUAGAAAUGAUCACCAGUCAAAGGCUGACAUUGUGUUGGUAGGUGAUCAGCCUAAUGAAAGCCCCCGAGAUCAGACUUUGACACCUGAUAGAAGACCAGUUGCAAAAAAGUCCACAUCUAAAAGUGUGGGUACUACUUGAGCAGGCUACCUAAGGAAAACCACGAGGACAAAUCUAAGGACAAGGUUUAUCAUUGACAAGUGGUUUUCAGAGACCUGUGAGACUAUAAAUCUUCCGUUCCAGCAGUGAAUUCCAAAUCCAAAUAACUAAUUUUUUUUAAAUACGAUUUUUGAAAUGGGAUUCUUCAUCAAACAAGAAUAUGAAUGCCUAGAGGAGAGACUCGAACUUUGUUUACGAAGACGUUGUAGUAAGUGGCAUGAGUAGUUCGAACUCGAGUCUUAUUUUUUUCUACACAUGAAUAGUUUUUAUGGAGAUUUCUUUCUCAAUCAAGAUUAAGAUUAAACCGGAGCCGUUAGGCGUCAGUCAGUUAUCAUUUCUAGUAUUAUCAGUUUACUGUCAUUGUUACUAUUAUCAUAGACUCACAGUCAGUGUAUCAUUGACUGUCAUAAACGGUUAUUAGUAUUAUCUUCCGCGACCAAAAAAAAAAAAAAAAAAAAAAAAAAAAAAAAAAAAAAAAAAUUGGUUGAUGUAUAAAGUGUGAAUAAGAAAGUUAGUAUUUGUAAUUGUAAUGCGUUGAAAAAUUAUGAUGUGUACAUAAAGUGUAGGGAAAUUCAAGCUGCAUAAUUUACAAAUUUAUAUUAUUAGUGUUUUAUAGUUGUGUAAUAUUUUUUCUGAAUGUAUUUUAUGAUUUUGUUGACUUCAUACAUGUUUAAUCAUAGAUAGUUAUGGAACAUGAUAACAAAUAUAAUUUUUUAUUCAAUGA